AUGGCACUAAUCCGCAGAUUCCGCAAUCUCAUCGGAACAAAGGCUGAUGUUGAGACCGAGGACCCAAAUGCCGUUUCCACCACGGCAGAAAAGGAACCGGUGCAUAGCGCAAACGAGCUCACCAAGGACGAGGAGAAGCCGAGUGAAGACGCCCAGAAUGGUGUUGAGAAGAUCGAGGCCGUGACUCUGGCUUGGAGCAGAAGCUCACUCUACUUGGUUUUGGUGCUGAUCUGGUUCCUUACCCUGGCCAACAACAUGAAGAGCGUCACCAUCGGGGCCCUUACACCCUUUGCGACCAGUGACUUUGCGGCGUCCUCGCUACUCACAGUUAUUCAGAUUGUGGCCGGCAGCAUGGGGAGCGCCGUCUACAUUCCCAUGGCCAAGGCGCUCGAUCUCUGGGGACGCGCAGAAGGUUUCCUGCUCAUGAUGUCGCUGGCCGUCCUGGGCAUCAUCGUCCUGGCGUCCUCCCAGAGCCUGCCCACGUACUGCGCCGGAUACGUCUUUUACGCGGUCGGGUUCAACGGCCUCAGCUAUAGCUGGGACGUCCUGGCGGCCGACGUGACCAACCUGCGGAAUCGAGGGCUGGCCUUUGCCUUCACCUCGUCCCCCGCGCUCAUCUCCGCCUUUGCCGGCCCCAACAUUGCCUCCGAGUUCAUCAAAAAGGUCAACUGGCGAUGGGGCUAUGGCUGCUGGGCAGUUGUCGUGCCGGUGUUCGCGCUGCCAAUCUAUCUUUUGCUCGCUUGGAACUUGCGCAAAGCGAAGAAACAGGGCAUCAUUACAGAGAGAAGGACCAGCCGAAAGAUCAACCUGCAAAACAUAUGGUGGUUCAUGACCGAGUUUGACCUGCUCGGUGUGUUUCUCUUCGCUGGCGGACUCGUCGUCUUUCUGCUCCCCUUCACUCUAGCUCGGACCGCUCCUCAGGGCUGGUCCACCCCGUACAUCAUUGCCAUGAUUGUAGUUGGCUUUGUUGUCCUGGUGAUGUUUGCGCUCUGGGAGUGCCUUGUCGCACCGGUGCCGUUUAUGAGCAAAAGGUUCCUCGGCGACCGCACUAUUCUCGGUGCCUGCCUGCUCAACAUGACCUACCAAAUCUCCUACUACUGCUACGCCAGCUACCUUCAGCCGUUCCUGAUGGUAGUGUACAACGUCGACCUACCCACCGCAGGCUACGUCGCCAACACCUUUAGCGCAUGCGCAUUCAUCUUCCUCUUCCUCACAGGCUGGCUCAUUCGCUGGACUGGUCGCUUCAAGUGGAUUUUGUGGGUUUGCGUCCCCCUUUACAUCUUUGGUCUGGGGCUCAUGAUUCACUUUCGCCAACCUGGAGGCUACAUUGGCUACAUUGUCAUGUGUGAGGUUUUCUUCUCAGCCUCUGGGAGCGUCUUCAUCCUUUGCUGCCAGCUCGCCGUGCUUUCUGUCGUGGACCAUCAGCAUGUUGCGUCCGCAUUCUCCCUCUUGUUUUCCAUGGGUGGCAUAGGCGGUGCACUUGGCAGUGCCAUCUCGGGCGCGAUCUGGACAAACACAUUCUACCCACAGCUAGAGAAGAACUUGCCCGCGUCCGAACUGCCGAACCUUGUGACCAUCUAUUCGACUUAUACCGCGCAGCUUGCUUAUCCGUGGGGCAGCCCUACGCGUGAUGCCAUUGUCAAGUCGUACGGCUAUGCCCAACCUAGGAUGCUGGCUGCCGGUACGGCAUUCAUGGUUCUGGGUUUUGUUUGGGUCGGAAUGAUUAAAAAUAUCAAUGUCAAGAAGAUGAGUCAGACAAAGGGUAAUGUGCUGUAG